AUGAAACCCCAAACCGCCGCCGCCGCCGCGCUCGUACUGUUUAUAUUCCUCAGCGCGAACGUGCAGAAAACCGAAUGCCUCGGCACCACCACUACCACCGCCGCGGCGGCGGCGGAAUGGGGAUGCAACUCCACCAGAAUCGGCGACUGCCUAACCGCCGGCGAGGAGUAUCUGAUGGAAUCGGAGACGAGCAGGAGGUUAUUAGCCGGCGGCCAGAGAUUCAUCAGUCCGAGGGCGUUAAAUCCGAAAAGGCCGUUCUGCAGAGGGGAUGUGGCCGGCAGCUGCAUCGGCAGACCGAAUAAGUUCUACGAUAAACGUCCCUGUGGCUACAGCCACCUCUGCCGGACCUCUGCAUGA